AGCUCUGAAGCUGUAUAGACUAGGAUGCCGCUUCAGAUCAACUGCAUCUACAAAUUCAAACCAAACUUCAAGUAGAUCUCAUUGCAUGAUUCGUAUGUCAAUUACUUGUUUUGAUGCACCUGAGAGGCGCCCGGGAAAAAAUAAAAUUUGGCUAGUAGAUCUGGGAGGAAGUGAGCGUGUGGUGAAGACGAAGGCAUCGGGUACAAGACUUGAUGAAGGGAAAGCCAUUAAUUUGUCACUUUCUGCUCUUAGUGAUGUCAUUAAUGCUCUUCAAAGGAAAAAACACCAUAUACCUUACAGGAACAGCAAGCUGACGCAAGUUCUUAAAGAUUCCCUCGGUGAGGACUCGAAAACUCUGAUGCUCGUUCAUGUUAGUCCCAAAGAGGAAGAUCUAUGCGAAACAAUAUGUUCACUAAAUUUUGCAACAAGGGCGGGAAGCAUUCAUCUAAGGCAAGAGGAGUCAAAAGUAAGCUGACAUAAGAAAGUUCUCUACAUUCU